AUGAUUAAACGGUCGCUUUGUGUGUUCUUGUUUUUAACUUACUUAGAUAUUGUAAGGCCUUACGUGUUCCCAUCAAUAAAGAAAUGCCACUUCAAGGAUUCAGCUUGUUUAAAAGAGUCCUUUCAAAAGGCUCUACCAUUGUUUGCUGACGGAAUACCCGAACUGGGAGUAGAGAAAAUGGAUGAAUUAGUUAUACAAGAUAAAACGUACAAAUUGGGCGGAUUAGAUUUUACCUUGAAAGAUGGAAGGCUAAAAGGGUUAAAGAGCACUGUUUUUGAUCUUGUAAGGAUGGACAUGGACAACAAUUAUGUAUAUACAAAAUAUCACGUACCCAAAUGUUCAAUAAAGGGUAAAUAUGAAGGAAUGGGGAAUAUCAAAGUCCUACCUUUAAGAGGGUCCGGAGAAGUUUUUUUGAAAUUCCGUAAUGUCGCCGUAUCGUUAAAUACAACCAUUGCAAUGGAAAAGAAAAAUAAUAAGAAAUACAUAGUUCCAAAAUCAUAUACUUUCGACUACGAAGUGAAAGAUUAUGCGCAUUUCAACCUAACUAAUUUGUUUACUGGGAACGAAGAACUGAGUAACACAGUGUUAACAUUUUUGAACGACAACUGGCGAGACGUUUCGAAGGAAUUCGGAAGACCGAUGAUGGAACAGCAAGCUAAACAGUUACUUGAUAAUAUUUCUAUAUAUUUAAAGAACUCAGCUGUAGAAGACAUAUUUGCGUUAUGA